AAAUGGAAGAAAUUCAAAUCAUCUCUACUUGUUUAGUUAGAGCAUCUUCAAACUCAAACAAUGGCAACAAACACAUUUCCCAAAACAUUGAUAUGACACCAUGGGAUUUACAAUUCCUCCUUGUUGGCAUAAUUCAAAAAGGCCUUCUUUUCAAGAAACCAACUCCACAACAACAAAACAACUUGGUCAAAUCACUCAACUCUCUUUCUUUAGUUGAUCAUUUGAAAGCCUCGCUUUCACGUACCUUAGACUUUUUCCCACCACUAGCCGGGCGAUUCUCCACUACCAAAAACCCUAAUGACAACACAAUGACUUCUUUCUCCAUCACUUGUAAUAACUCUGGAGCUGAAUUCAUUCAUGCGAUCGCUCCAGAGUUAACAGUAAAAGAGAUUCUUGAAUCUUGUUACGUGCCAACUAUAGUACAUUCCCUUUUUCCACUAAAUAAAGUACGUAACGUGCAAUGUGUUACAAAGCCUCUACUUGGAGUACAAGUAACCGAGCUCGUAGAUGGUUACUUUAUUGGUUGCAGUAUGAGUCAUAGCCUCGGGGAUGGAACUUGUUUCUGGCAUUUUUUUAAUUCUUGGUCCGAAGUAACACGUGGAUCUGAGUUAAUUAGUCGAUUUCCGGCUUUAGAAAGAUGGUUUCCUCAAAAUAUAAAUCCACCAAUUUACUUCCCUUUGGAAUUGGGUGAUGAAAAAUUAUAUGAGUGUAUAGAUAUGCCAAUAUUGAAGGAAAGGAUUUUUCAUCUAAGUAAAGAAAAUGUGUGUAAAUUGAAAGCAAAAGCUAACUCUGAAAUGGGUACUAAGUCCAUUUCUUCUCUACAAGCUUUCUUGGCUCAUCUAUGGAGGUAUUUAUUUUUAAUUUUAUUUCAUGCGAUUCAAAAUCUAAUGUGCCUAUUGUUUCAAUUUCUUUGUUCAUUAAUCAUGAAGAUGUAUCCAAUCUUUAUAGGAUACAUCUAUUCGGGGUUGAUUUUUUAA